AUGGUGACUGUGGGCGAAUGGGGCCAAGGCCAUGGACAGAGCUUCUUCUGCAAUUUGCCUACCGCACAAAAGGGAAUGGAGACUAGGGGAGGGGACCCACUUGUACCAAUAAACCUCUCGUCAUCAGUUGGGAUUUGGUCCAAACCACAACCCUAUUGGCUCAACUUAGCUGCCGGCCGGCCACUUUCUCUUAUCACAAUUAUUUAUACACAGAGAAACAGAGCAAUUCGCCGGCCAUCCUCCUCCCUUCUCUCCAUGGCCAGAAGUUUCAAGCUCAAAGUCCGUCUCUUCAUCUCCUCUUUCCGAUUCUGCCGCCCCAAACACCCACACCCUUUAACUUUCCCCAUAACCCCUUCGCCGGAAAAUUUCCACUACGAGAAGCAAUUGCCGGCCAACCCCAAUUCCUGCUUCAGCUGUUACCACAAUCCACCAUCGCCACCGCCAUCAACACCAGUGGGUUUCUUCGCCGAUUUUUCAACAGAAGAGUCCACAUCAGUCUGCAUCAGCUGCAAAUUGAAAUCAUACGCUCAGGCAAACGGACUAAUGCAAGUGAAAGAAAACAGAGCCGAAACAGAGCAUGAAAUUUCAGGCGAGGAGAAUCGGCGUUCCCCGUUUUCCUGGAUAACCAGAAAGAAGUGGAAGAUGAAGAAGAAAUCAAAGAAAACGGGGCUUAAAAGCAAGGCAUUCGUGGCAAAGCACAAGUCGUAUGGGUACGAGGGAGAGGAAGGCGAAGGAACAGAGGCAUUGUUGAACUCUUCCAUUAGUUUCUCCUCCGAUGGAUCGCCGGUGAAGAGAAGUGAAAUCGCAUCGUGUCCAAGUCAAGUGGAAUGGAAAAUGGGGGAGAGCUUAGUGCAGGUCAAGAGAUCGAAGGAACCACAAGAAGAUUUCAAGAGGUCAAUGGUACAGAUGAUAUUGGAGAAGGAGAUUUUUGAGGCGAAGGGAUUGGAGGACCUUUUGCAGUGUUAUUUGGCGUUGAACUCGCCGGAGCAUCAUGGGAUUAUAGUUGGAGCUUUUUCCGAGGUUUGGGAGUUUCUGUUCUACCAUUCCCACUCAAACAAGUGAUGGCCUAUCAAUCUACCUACCGUUUUAUAGUAAUCCUAUAAGUUUUAAAA